AAGGGCAUCUGGGGAGGCCAGAGGCUGGCCUGAGUCAGGCUCUCAGGAUCCCCUCCAUCUAGAAGAGCCACCUGCUCACCCUGUCCCUUCCCUUGCUGCUGGGACCAUGGGGGCUGGAGCUAGUGCCGAGGAGAAGCACUCCAGGGAGCUGGAAAAGAAGCUGAAAGAGGAUGCUGAGAAGGAUGCUCGAACAGUGAAACUGCUGCUUCUGGGUGCUGGUGAGUCUGGGAAGAGCACCAUUGUCAAGCAGAUGAAGAUUAUCCACCAGGACGGGUACUCGCUGGAGGAGUGCCUCGAGUUCAUUGCCAUCAUCUAUGGUAACACGCUGCAGUCUAUCCUGGCCAUCGUUCGAGCCAUGACCACGCUCAAUAUCCAGUAUGGAGACCCAGCGCGCCAGGACGAUGCCCGGAAGCUGAUGCACAUGGCUGAUACCAUCGAGGAGGGCACGAUGCCCAAGGAGAUGUCAGACAUCAUCCAGCGGCUGUGGAAGGACUCAGGCAUCCAGGCUUGCUUUGAGCGUGCCUCUGAGUACCAGCUCAAUGACUCGGCGGGCUACUACCUCUCAGACCUGGAGCGCCUGGUAACCCCGGGUUACGUGCCCACUGAGCAGGACGUGCUGCGCUCUCGUGUCAAGACCACCGGGAUCAUCGAAACGCAGUUCUCCUUCAAGGACCUCAAUUUCCGGAUGUUCGACGUGGGCGGGCAGCGCUCAGAACGCAAGAAGUGGAUCCACUGUUUCGAGGGCGUGACCUGCAUCAUCUUCAUCGCUGCGCUGAGCGCCUACGACAUGGUGCUGGUGGAGGACGACGAAGUGAACCGCAUGCAUGAAAGCCUGCACCUAUUCAACAGCAUCUGUAACCACCGCUACUUCGCCACCACGUCCAUCGUGCUCUUCCUCAACAAGAAGGAUGUCUUUUCCGAGAAGAUCAAGAAGGCGCACCUCAGUAUCUGCUUCCCAGACUAUGACGGGCCCAACACGUAUGAGGACGCGGGCAACUACAUCAAGGUUCAGUUCCUCGAGCUCAACAUGCGGCGGGACGUGAAGGAGAUCUACUCUCACAUGACGUGCGCCACUGACACGCAGAAUGUCAAGUUUGUCUUUGACGCUGUCACCGACAUCAUCAUCAAAGAGAAUCUCAAAGACUGCGGCCUCUUCUAAGGUGUCUGAACUCCUGUGCAUCCCUUGCUGUGAGACCCUGUAGUCCUAGCUGCCUCUUAGCCCCAAGCCCCAGCCACCAAUCAGCAGUCCAGGACUCCUGGGCCCACACAUGCCACACUUCUCCCAAAGCUCUGAGCCCUGAGCCUUUCAGCACAGACCUUCCCCUGUGACUUCUGCCCCAGCUCUGCCUUUCACUGCCAGGCUACUCUGGCUUCCCUAGCAAGGACACAACAGGACUCAGGGCCACUGGAGCUGAGAGGGACUCAGCAGUGGCCAUCUGACCAAUCUCCUGCCACUCACUCUCUUGCCCCCUGGAGUCCAAGACUCACCUGGUAGGUUCUGAGUUCACCAAAUAGCCCUCCCUCCCACAGUUAUGGAGGGUUUGUGGUGUCCCUCCCCCAAGCAGCGCAGUCCAACCUUGCCACCUCCAUGUGACAAGUUUGACAUUUGCCUACCCUGUGGCCAGCAACUGUCCCUACCCAUAGCUUUGAGGGUUCAAAGUCUAAGCUAGCUCCGGUUUGUGCAGCCCCCACACAGAUAAAUUAGUGACUAGGGAGGUAGAUCUGGGCACCCCUAGAUGUUAGAAGGAACACAAGCUGGACCCGUCUCUGAAUACAGUCUCAGAAUGUCCCUCUUCCCCCUCCAGAUCUUGCCCCUCUGUCCUUGGACCCCAAAUCCAUGCCCUACCUCACCCACCAGCACACAGUUCUCUGAGAUGCCUGGCCAAGUGGAUUGUGUGUUGCCAGAGGAUACUGUUGUUGACACCAGAUAUGCCCAAUAGUCAAGCGGUCCUGAGGGGUGGCUGGGGCAGAGUCCAGCUCCUAUUGAUCAACUCUAGGCUGAAGAUUCAGUAUAGGAUGGAGCCCAGACUAUGCCCCAAGGGAUCUGUCUCCUGAGGGUUAUAGGCAAACCCAAGUGAUUGUUUUUGUCCCUGCCAGCCAUUCUCACCCUCUCCAUUCAGGGCCCAUUCCUUGGUAAGGAACACUGAGGGCUAUGCCUGAACUAUCGGGGACAAAGGUUUACAAUCCGUCACCUUCCUGCUCCUUCCUUCCUCAUCAAGCAUCGAGUCUUUGCUUAUGCCCAGGAGCCAGGGCUGUGCUGCUGCUCAGAAAAGGAGCUUCAAUCUGGCAAAGCCAGAGUGCAAUCCACACUUCCCAUAGGUCCACAGAUUCAGCAAUAAACCUGUGCACCAGA